AUGGCUACGGAAAUAGGUAACAAAGCAUGGGAAACAUUCCUGGACCAACACAACUCAAUCGUGUCCUUACUGGAUACUCAUGCCUCGUUACUCGUCGAGAUGCGGAAACUCUGCGAUGACAAGAGCGCCACACGAUCAUUGAUUCUGGGGCGUCUCAACGUCACGGAGAAGUCAAUCGCAACAUUCAAACAGUCAACAGAGUCAUUGCAAGAAGUGAUGAAGCGAGAGGAGCAGGUCGUCGGUGAGGAAUCGAAGGCACCUGAAACAGAGGUCCCGACUAUCCCAAUUCGUCCGACAAAGAAGCCGACGUCGCAGAAGUCUGUAAAGGCCGUACCUGACCCGAGCGGCUUCUUUACCAUCGACCCUAACCCCACACCAAUUGAACAGCUCUACAAACAGAAACCGGGCAAAGAGAAGCCAGCUGGCUUGGCGAAGGCAAAAGAGAACCCAAAGCGAAAGGUGGAAGCUGAUCGGCCGCCCCGAGCGGAGCAGGCAAACGAAGAAGAGCCAAAACGAAAGAGAUCUAAGAAGGACCACGAGCGCAAAGUCACACCUCCGCCUCCUGCCGAGGACGAGAAGGCCGAAGGGGUGCAGGAACCCGAUGACGACGACGACGACUUCGUGAAAGCAGUGGAGGCAAGGGCCAAGGCCAGGGAAGAGAAGAAGAGGGCCAAAGCAAACAAGAAACGGAAGCGACAGAGUGACGACUCGACAGAAGGUGCGAACUCUACCAAGAACAAGAAGCGGAAAGGGGACCACGAAACCAAGUCUGAAGCUUCAGCACCGCCUGCGGUCGCACAAGAAGAACAAAAGCAAAAUGACAAGAGACCGUUUGCGCAAGCAGACCUCGACCAAGAUGCCGAUAGUGGAAAGACUGGCGGGCGGAGAAAGAGACUGCGGAAUGGCAAGCAGUCAAAGGCGUGA